GAAAAAUGCUGUCCAAGUCGCAUUUGCAAAGGACCAGGCUUUAGGGAUCGACGACAUACUAAUUUAAACGUGGUUCCCGCCCAAGUGACCUUUUCCCUCCCAGAACGCUUUCUAGGUGGGCCAUGAACAUUCCUCACACAGCAGUAUUUUCCCAUUAGCGUGUUUGAGGAGUCCGGGAGGCACAGAGGCAUUUUAAAGUCGGGAGCCGCCAACGCUUCCGCCACCUGAACCUUCAGGCUCCGCCCUUCGGCCCGCGCUCCCCUCACCGCGCAUGUCAGGUUUGCGUUCCCCGCCCCCCCUCAGCAACGGGCCGAGCGGCGGCGGCGAAGGGGGAGGAGAGGGAGGAGCGCGGCGGGACUGGUCUCGGACCGCGCGUACUCACGGCGGUGGGAUUUUCUCCGCGUCGGCGGCAGUAGGAGCUGCCGCUGCAGCUAUAGAAGCAGAUCAAUCACUGACACCAUGAACUGGAAUAAAGGUGGCCCUGGCACUAAGAGAGGAUUUGGUUUUGGAGGUUUUGCCAUUAGUGCUGGAAAGAAGGAGGAACCAAAACUCCCACAGCAGUCCCACAGUGCCUUUGGGGCAACCAGUUCUUCUUCGGGAUUUGGAAAGUCGGCUCCACCGCAGCUCCCUUCUUUCUACAAAAUUGGGUCUAAACGGGCCAACUUUGAUGAAGAAAAUGCAUAUUUUGAAGAUGAAGAAGAAGACUCUAGCAAUGUUGAUUUACCUUACAUUCCUGCUGAAAACUCACCUACCCGCCAGCAAUUCCAUUCUAGGCCCGCAGAUUCUGACAGUGAUGAUGAUCCCUUGGAGGCAUUCAUGGCUGAAGUGGAGGAUCAGGCAGCUAGAGACAUGAAGAGGCUCGAAGACAAGGACAAGGAAAGAAAAAACGUAAAGGGUAUUCGAGAUGACAUUGAAGAGGAAGAUGACCAAGAAGCUUAUUUUCGAUACAUGGCAGAAAACCCAACUGCUGGUGUGGUUCAGGAGGAGGAGGAAGAUAACCUGGAGUACGAUAGUGAUGGAAAUCCAAUUGCACCUUCUAAAAAAAUCAUUGAUCCUCUUCCUCCCAUUGAUCAUUCAGAGAUUGACUAUCCACCAUUUGAAAAAAAUUUUUACAAUGAGCAUGAAGAGAUAACCAACCUCACCCCACAGCAGUUAAUAGAUCUCCGGCAUAAGCUCAAUCUUCGGGUCUCUGGUGCUGCACCUCCUAGACCAGGAAGUAGUUUUGCUCAUUUUGGGUUUGAUGAACAACUUAUGCACCAGAUUCGGAAAUCUGAGUACACACAGCCCACUCCGAUACAGUGCCAGGGUGUGCCUGUGGCAUUAAGUGGUAGAGACAUGAUUGGUAUUGCCAAAACAGGCAGUGGGAAAACUGCAGCCUUUAUCUGGCCCAUGUUGAUUCAUAUAAUGGACCAGAAGGAAUUGGAACCAGGUGAUGGACCAAUUGCAGUGAUUGUGUGUCCUACACGGGAGCUUUGCCAGCAGAUCCAUGCAGAAUGUAAGCGGUUUGGGAAAGCAUAUAACCUUCGAUCAGUGGCCGUGUAUGGAGGAGGAAGCAUGUGGGAGCAGGCCAAGGCCCUUCAGGAAGGGGCGGAGAUUGUUGUAUGUACCCCAGGUCGACUAAUUGAUCAUGUGAAGAAGAAAGCUACCAAUCUUCAAAGAGUCUCUUACCUUGUGUUUGAUGAAGCAGAUCGAAUGUUUGACAUGGGUUUUGAAUACCAGGUGCGAUCCAUAGCAAGUCAUGUCCGUCCUGACAGACAGACUCUCUUAUUCAGUGCAACUUUUCGGAAGAAGAUUGAGAAAUUGGCCAGAGACAUCCUUAUCGACCCUAUUCGAGUAGUGCAGGGAGAUAUUGGAGAGGCAAAUGAAGAUGUAACACAGAUUGUGGAGAUUCUCCAUUCUGGACCUAGUAAAUGGAACUGGCUUACCCGGCGUCUGGUGGAGUUUACCUCUUCAGGGAGUGUCCUGUUGUUUGUUACUAAAAAAGCCAAUGCUGAAGAGCUAGCCAAUAACCUUAAACAAGAGGGUCAUAAUCUUGGGCUGCUCCAUGGGGACAUGGAUCAGAGUGAAAGAAACAAGGUCAUUUCAGACUUUAAGAAAAAGGACAUCCCAGUCCUGGUGGCUACAGAUGUUGCAGCCCGUGGUCUGGACAUUCCUUCAAUUAAGACUGUCAUUAACUAUGAUGUGGCACGAGACAUUGACACCCAUACACAUAGGAUUGGCCGCACAGGACGAGCGGGUGAGAAGGGUGUGGCCUACACCUUGCUGACCCCAAAGGACAGCAAUUUUGCUGGUGACCUUGUCCGGAACUUGGAAGGAGCCAAUCAACACGUUUCCAAGGAACUCCUAGAUCUGGCAAUGCAGAAUGCCUGGUUUCGGAAGUCCCGCUUCAAAGGAGGGAAAGGCAAAAAGCUGAACAUUGGUGGAGGAGGCCUAGGCUAUAGGGAACGGCCUGGCCUAGGCUCUGAGAACACGGAUCGAGGAAAUAAUAACAAUGUAAUGAGCAAUUAUGAAGCCUACAAGCCUUCCACAGGAGCCAUGGGAGACCGGCUGACAGCAAUGAAAGCAGCUUUCCAGUCACAGUACAAAAGCCACUUUGUGGCUGCCAGCUUAAGCAAUCAGAAGGCUGGAAGCUCUGCUGCUGGGGCCAGUGGAUGGACUAGUGCAGGGAGCCUGAAUUCUGUCCCUACUAAUUCAGCCCAGCAGGGCCAUAACAGUCCUGACAGCCCCAUUGCCAGUGCCGCCAAGGGCAUCCCAGGAUUUGGCAACACUGGAAACCUCAGCGGUGCCCCAGUGACCUACCCUUCUCCUGGAGCCCAGGGAGUCAACAUCACAGCUUCAGGGAAUAACAGCCGAGAAGUGAUUGGGGGUGGCAAUGGGAAAAGAGAGAGAUAUACUGAGAACCGGGGUAGCAGCCGUCACAGUCAUGGAGAGAGUGGCAUUCGACAUGGUGAAAGCCCACGCCAUGGAGAUGGUGGUCGCCAUGGAGAUGGAUACCGCUACCCAGAAAGCAGUAGCCGUCACGCUGAUGGCCAUCGGCAUGGGGAAAACAGACAUGGAGGAAGCGGAGGCCGACAUGGGGAGAGUCGGGGUGUAAAUGAUGGUCGGAAUGGUGAAAGCAGGAAAGAAGGUUGUAAUCGUGAGAGCAAGAUGGACCCCAAGGUGGACAGCAACAAGAUGGACAAGAUGGACAGCAAGACAGCUGAUGGUUUUGCUGUCCCUGAGCCACCCAAACGCAAGAAAAGUCGAUGGGACAGUUAGAGGGUAUGUGCUGAAGCUUGAAAUCAAUUGUCUUUAAUUUUAUUUUUAGAUUUUGGUAACUUGGUGUCUCAGGGCUGGGUUGGGGCCCAAGGUACGAGGACUCCCUGCCCUUAGUGGAUAGCUGGGGCUUGGAGACAUUACCCCUUCAUCUGAAUCAUUUUUCUGAUGUAUCCUUGGGAAGCUGCUUUGGUUCUGAGGAACUGUGAGAGCUGAGAAGCUUCUUUUGGUGAGUUGUCAUGAGGAUCAGUCGAGGAUACAUUGGAAGAAAGGACCUUCCUUUAGGGCACAAAACUUACUCUACAUUUGUAUUAUAUGUACCUUAUAUUUUUUACUAAAAUGUCACCUUAUAAACAUUUACAAAUAUAAUUCUUUUUCUUAGCUGUGGCCAGUCUUCUUUAGGAGCUGGCUUCUGCAAACCCAGUCCACUGAGGUGUUAGGGAUGAGUUUGGGAAACAGUUGGGGGUUCUAAACAUUUGCAGGGAAGGGAGAUGUCCAUGAUUCUAAAUGGAAGUUUGAUGCUCAGAUUCCCUAGCCAGGUUUAUAUCCAGCCCUGAGACAUGUAGGAAGAAGUGAAGAUUCCCAGAUCCACUAUGAUCAAAGUGGGAAAGGUGAUCCUGGAAACAAUUCCAGAAUUGCUCCAAGUCUGAGAUGUUGCUAAAUUUAAAACAAAACAAUUAACAAAAAACCCAAUAGCUUUUAAAGUGUCUUCUAUCUCACUGUAUUUUUUUUAACUUGCCACAAUGGUAGAAAAAUCUUUUGCUGAAAUGAUUUUGAUGAUUUUUGUUCUAUCUUGUUUAUAAAAGGAAAGGAAAUACACAAAAUUCAAAUUUUGUGACUGUGUGAAGAUUUCUUUAAGAUGUGCAUUCCUUUCUGCUUGCUCUAGUAAACGUUUUACUACUGGGA